AUCUCAACACCGUACCCUAAUGAGUCUGUGUUGAACAGCGUGAUUGCACCGUGGAAACGUGCCGGGGGAUAGGAGGCAGUGUGAAAUCAUAACGUUAUGUUAAAAUGAUUUAAAUAGACGAGGCUAAACAUUUUCUAAACAAUGUUUCUGUUUUCAUUUGGAUCAGGAAUCAGGAAUGCUUUGAAAUAUUCAAUUCAGUCACGUUAUGGAAAUCAUCGGUGAAUAUAGCCUGCUGGUGUUCGUCCUCAGACGAAUUCGAUGAGAAAUUGCAACUUGUAACCACGUCCCGGUUUCUCUUUAUCAUGCAUUUUUGGUUUCAUUUGGAUGUUUGGAAGAAUUGUUGAUGGAAAUGCACGAUGCAUUAAACCACAGCACUAAAACAACUAGCUAGCGAUAUCGGCAACCAACCACUUCUUUGACCAAACGGGGCUUGUAGCGGAAUGGCACGGUGGCGGAUAGCAUUCAUCUGUUUACAGUGGGUAAUCCACUAUGCGUUGUGCCGCGAGGUGAUUGUUCCUGAUGGCCCACUGUACCGAGUGGCAGGGUUCCCCCUGACUCUUCCCUGUGCCGUGACUGGUUACGAGGGCCCACGCACGCAAGACUUCGAGUGGUUCCAGUACCGGUCCGACACUGGAGGACACCAGAUCGGGGUGGUCUCCACGCAGGACCCCGGCUUCCCCUACGCCCCCUUCCUGCCCAGAGUGCGCUCGGGGGAGAUCCGGGUAGAGAGGGACUCGGGUGACAGAGCCAGGCUGGUGGUGCAGCGGCUGCGGCCAGAUGACCAGGGCCGCUUUGAGUGCUACACGCCCAGCACUGACUCACGUUACCAAGGCAACUACAGCGCUUCUGUGGUAGUGAAAGUGAUCCCGGACACCCUGCUGAUCAGUCACCCCCGCACUCUGAGUGGCCAGCCGAUGACGGAGGGAUCGGAACUGCAGCUCACCUGCAAGGCCUCCGCCGUGUCCCAGCAGCACACUCACCUGGCCAUCACCUUCGGCGUGCGGGGCGGGGCGGGGGCGGCCGUGGGCCCCCCGGGGGCUCAGGGCCACACCCUGCGGGAGAUCAUCUCCCUGGACCGCGGGCUGGCGGUCACGCCCGGCCGCGGCGGCUCCUACGACAAGCGCUACCAGGCCGGCGAGAUCGGGCUGGAGAAGAGGGUCGGCGACAGCAGCGGAGAUCUGUACGUGAUGAAGAUCGGCGCCCUGGCCCCGGAGGACUCUGGGUCGUACUUCUGCGAGGCGGCUCAGUGGAUCCGGGACCCGGACGGCACGUGGCAGAGAAUCGCGCAGAGGACCAUGGAGCUGGGCAACCUGACCGUCCAGCCUCUGGCGGACUCCCUGACGGUGACCUCCAGCCCCAGCAGCGAGGUGACCCUGCAGGUGGGCUCCCCGCUCAUCCUGACCUGCCAGGUGGCGGGCGUCGGCUCCUGGGCGCGCUCCUCGCUCCUGGUGCAGUGGAUGCGGCGGGGGGCGGGCGGCGGCGUGGAGGUGGAGGUGGCCCGCCUCGGGCCGGACGGCGUGGUCACCUGGGGCGACGACUCCACCCGCCAGGGCGCCGCGUCCAUGGAGAAGGAGGCGGAGGGGAAGUACACGCUCCGGCGCUUUGCGGCGUACCCCUCCGACGCCGGGCUGUACCGCUGCGCCGUGAGCGUCUACGCCGGAAAGCUGAACCCGGGACCCUCCGCCCCGGCCACCGUCACCCAGAGGUCUGAGGGAGUGACGGUCAACGUUAAGACUAAAGACGUGAGUGUGGCAGCGGUGGCUGUGGUGCCUCGCGGGCCGCUGCUGCGGCGAGGGAACACCGUGGCCGUGCUCUGCAACGUCUCCGUGACCACCACGGGCCCCUCCCAGGUGGAGAUCCAGUGGCUGUCCAAGCCGCAGUCUCCCGAGGGCCUGGGCGAGAAGCCCCUGGCGGACGACCCCGGCCGCGUCCUGGCACUGCUGACCUACGACGGCCUGUCCCGCAUCUACGGCAACGGGAGCGAGCUGAGCGUGGACCGCUUGGCCCCCGACUGCUACCGUCUGAGGAUCCACGCCGCCAGGGUGGAGGACCAGGGGCACUACCUGUGCCAGGUGGCGGUGUGGGGACAGGACCCCAACGGAGCGUGGUACAACACUGGAGCCAGAGCUGAAUCGACUACGGUCCGGGUCUACCUGUAUGCCAGAGUCAUGGAUCUUCUCCUUAUUCCCCUCGUGAUUGGAGUGUCGUCAGCCUUGUUUGUGGGUGUUGUUAUUAUUGCCACAGUGACCUGUUGUUUCAUGAGGAGGUUGGCAAGGCAACGCUCACAGAAGUAGGUGUUGGCAUAUCGAUGUCCUGGCUGCUGAUUAAGCACCUGAUGGCGUCGGAAAGCUUAUUUGUUCUUGCUUAGAUAACGCAUAUUUGUAAGCUAUGGAUGUGGAAAUACGCAAUGGGAUUUUGGAUUCACCAAAAUAUGGGCCAAUUUUCAAGACAGUGAAAAGAAAAAAAAGAGCUCUAAAAGGUGACCCUUUGAAGAUUAUUGCACGACCCAACAAACAUAACCCAAAAGACCUCAAAACACAUUUCACCUGCACUGCUUCAGGUUUGUACAUGUUUUGAAAUGUGAAGUGGACUUCCCUCUCCAUGCAUGAACGGGUAAUAUAUUCACUGACCCUCUAAGGAACUCGACUACGGACAGAGAAGCUGUGGUUGGGACAAUGAUAUAAGGGUGUUGUGUGGGAGUGCACACAGACUCCUUCCUGUUUUUGACUCUUGUUGCGAAGAAUUGUGGACUGCCCAGAUUGUCAACGCUAUACAGAUGCUGAUAAAAUUAGUCUAAUAACCUGAUGCUUUUUGAAACAAAGCAGAUAACAAAAAGUCAUGUUUAACUUCGUCAGUCCCUCACAGAGCAGUGCAAAUGCACCAUCAUAUCAAGUUUUAAGUCCCCUUUCCCCCCCAGUUACAUUAUAUAUGUAUAAAGAAAAUGAAUCGACAUAAAAAGUAGUGUCAUUUUGAGGAUGUAUGCACUGGUCUUCAUGGUCUUUAUGAAUGCUUCCCUGUAUUGGAAUUUGUGCUGAGUAAAAUGGACAAAUGCGGCCUCUAACAUUCUUAGUGGCCCCUCCUAACAUCUAUAGGGGCCUCUCCUAGUAUCCAUAGGGGCCCCUCCUAACAUCUAUAGGGGCCUCCCCUUAUAUCCAUAGGGGCCCCUCCUAACAUCUAUAGGAGCUAUGGAACCAAAGGCACCUACAGUUACUAGAAACGUGUUUGUUUAUUCACCAGUGCAGGGAUGGUACGGUGUGUUAAGAGCAGGAUGUGGGAACAGACCCAGUUGUAGUACUGUAAAUGCAGCUGGGGCCUGCUGGCUUGAGCACCUUUGUAAAACAUUGGAGACUAGAGAGCAUUCUUGGCGUCGCCACCAUCUGUCUUGGUGAGCAUGUCUCUUUGUUUUAUAUACAAAUGUGGUUAUUAUAAAUAUUAUUGUUAUAAGCAGAGUACCAUCGUGUACUGUUUGACGUUUACAACAUUUAUAACCGUACUCUUUUGUGCUCACAUGGUAAAAUGUCAAGUUGCGGAUACCUCCUUGAUAUGCUGUUACUGCUCUGACAUGUAUGCCGGCAUGCCAGUCACUGCCUGUUUUACCCAAGCACUUACACGACCAAAAUGGGAGUCAUGUUCGAGUUAAAGCAUCUUUUUCUUUCUAGGUGUUGCAGUUAGUUAAUCAAUAUAGAUUAGUGUUCAGGGAGAAUUUUCACGUGUACCUGUUUCACAUGUAGAUGUUCAUUUUUGAUGACUUCCAAAGAUAUAUAUAUUUUUUUGUUAACCGUAGUCUACUUUGAAGCAUAGUUUUGAAAAGCUCAUAAAUGCCGCUGCCUUGUCCUUUGUCAUUCAGUGUUGUUUUCCCUCACAGUGGAAUAUGGUCUGUCUUUUUUUCCCCCUGCUUUUUUUUUGUUUUUUUUUCAGUCGCAUUGCAUUGUUGGUUAUUGCUCUUCUCACGGGAAGCAAUAAGCCAGCUGAAGUCCCAGACCCUUGUGCACUCGAGCGACGAGCAUCGCUGAGCCUCUCCCAAAUCCCAGAGUGCUAACUCGCAGUGCAAUCUAUUUGAUGGCACUGAGUCAAUGCCAUGGCGAUCAGAAUGCAAUUGGCCCCCCCUGCCCACUCCAUCCCUUCUUCCUGGGUCGACAGUGUGGGUCGAGCCUUUUUCCUGCCCCGCCUCUAACCAUUCAUUGUUAAUGUAGGCAAUGCACUAGUAUAGAAAAAGAGGGAAAAAGGAAAAACGGGGUACAGGGCAUCUCUGAGAAACCACUUAGUUACAGAGCUGUGGUGCUGAAAGCUGAUUUACCCAGCGUUGCUCAACACCCCCCCCCCAACCCCCCCCCCCCCCCCCCCAACCCAUACACGUGACCACAGUCCUGAAUGAGGACCCCGGGUGAGCCAAAGUGAAUUCAUGCUGGCUGGGUUUUAAUCCUUGUGUUUAUAGUGUCUGCACACCAUCCCCCCACUGUAUGUGCUGUUUGUCAGUCAGACUGUCAGUUCUAACUGAGCUGACUGUUUCUCUUUCUCUCUCUCUCUCUCAUCAAUCUGAUACCUUAUUGCACUAUUUGGGUUGUGAGUUCUUUGAAGGAACAGAUUUCAUGUCUGUUUUUGCCCCUAAUUUACAGUCAUUGUGAGUAAAACCACUAGUUCAGUACAGAACCUAAGGUUCCGUACAAAUGCACUCCCCUUGUGUGAGAAUUGAUGUUUCUCGUUUUGUACUCGAGUGUGUUCUGCAUAUGUCUUAUGGUCUUAUGACUGAGGGUUGUGCUGUUUUAGUUAUUAUAUCUUGCACUGCUUUGUGACUAUGUACAUUUGAAAUGCCGCUUACAAAAAGUUCUAAUUUUUCACAGAUGUUCACAAUUUAUUGUGUGUGUGUGUGUGUGUGUGUGAUGGUGCUUUGAUGAUGCUGCCACACAAUUAAAUAAUAAACCAUUCCAGA